CGGGGCGGUGAAGGAAGUACGAGAGCUUACGUCGCGGGAUGGAGCGUCGGAGGCGGGAAGCUCCCGGCUUUGCGAGGCAGUGGGCGGUGCGGCUCGGAGCGGUCUCGUUUCCCUCCGUCCGACGCGAUGAAUUCGCUGGAACAGGCGGAAGAUCUCAAGGCUUUUGAAAGAAGGCUUACUGAAUACAUAGCUUGUUUACAACCGGCUACUGGACGCUGGAGAAUAAUUCUUAUAGUGGUAUCGGUCUGUACAGCCACUGGUGCUUGGAACUGGCUAAUAGAUCCUGAAACACAGAAGGUAUCUUUUUUCACAUCUCUAUGGAAUCAUCCGUUCUUCACCAUUAGCUGUAUUACGUUGAUUGGUUUAUUUUUUGCUGGAAUACAUAAAAGAGUAGUGGCACCCUCAAUCAUAGCUGCUCGGUGUCGAACUGUCUUGGCAGAAUACAAUAUGUCGUGUGAUGAUACUGGAAAAUUAAUAUUGAAACCUCGGCUGCACGUCCAAUAACCCACUGCUUUUGUACAUUAUCAUGGAAAUACACAUACAAUUUUUUUUCUCUUCAGUACAGCAAGGCCAAAUAGCACUGCGAAACAGGUUUGUCUUUAAUGGUUGAUGGAAGACGGGUGAAACGUCUGGUGUCUCCCAAUCUUUUGUGCCUGUGCUGUGUGUUUCCGGUUUCUUCUGUGACAGUAUUACAGUUUCAUCAUCUCUAAUGGCAUCAUCUCAGUCGAUGCAGCCCACAAGACUCAUCUGCUUUUAUAAUGCGCAAACCAUUGUAAAUAGAAAAUGGUCACAGUAUUUGUA